GUUCCCAAGCCUAAACCUGAUCUUUUGGGAACCAUCAUGAAAGAACUUUUGCCCAGCAAGCCUGGGAAGUUAAUGACAGACCUGCCCAAGAACAAUGACAUCUUAUACUGGAAUGGUGCUGGUGUUUCAGAUAAUGACUCUGGAGUUUCCAUGUGCACACCCAUAAAAGUAUUCAGGCCAAAAAUCAGGAGUCCUCAUGAUGCUCCCGCUCCAAGUGACAUAAUAAAAAAAUUCUCUGCUAAGCCCAAGGCACACUCUGGACCAAUGAAAGCAGAUCAUACAGUAUUACCAGAAAACAUAACACAAAUUGUGAAUGUGGGAGAAAGUAGUGAGAAGAUUUUCCUGAAGAAGAGUUCCAUCAACUACAAUGAGAAGAUACAACAGAGGCCCCUGACAGCAAGAGUGCACUUUGAAGAUGAAUCCGAACACGAAGCA